AUGACUUCAUACGAUUCUGAUUCUUCAGAUGGAGGAGAGUUUACAGAGACUAGUGUUCUCUUGGGAUAUGCCUCUCAAGAUUCACAAGAUGAGACUAUCAGCAAAUUAGGCGGCGUACCUGAAUGGCUGGAUGCCGACAAGCCACCCUCGGCAGCUCUCGCACGGUGCAAAGUGUGCAAAGACCUUAUGGUUCUCAUUCUUCAAUUGAACGCGGAAUUACCAGAGAGAUUUCCCGGCCACGACCGACGACUAUACGUGUUUGCUUGCAAGCGAGAAUCCUGCCGUCGCAAGCAGGGAAGCAUUCGAGCUUUGCGAGGGGUGCGAAUUUGGGGAGACGACGCCUCGGCAGCUCCAGCGGCGAAAGCAGAAGAAGGGCCAAAGGAGCAAGAGACGAGGCCUCGUAAUGAUGGCCUCGCCUUGGGCGACGCUCUGUUUGGAGGCAAGGGUAUUGGCGGCGGAUCAGGAGCCAACCCGUUUUCAAGCAACUCGAACCCGUUCAGCACCUCAAGCGGCGCCGGGAGCUCCGGCAACCCAUUCAGCUCCCAACAGCAAAAAGAUACCCCCAAGGAGGCAGAGAAGGAUGCCAAGCCUGCCACACUCAGCAAGACCUUUGCCGAAACAUUAUCGUUGGGCACGACACCCACCGGUCCGCCGCCUCCUCCAGAGCCAUGGCCGGAGACUUCCGCCCAGCCCAAGCCAUAUCCAACGCUAUAUCUGGCAGAAGCCGACUACGAAACUCUCGAGCCGACAUCAACCAAGAUCCCGGACAAUGCCCGUAUAGAGGAGGCAGAUGCGCCGGAGACCGUCUCCGUUUUGGACCGCGAGGCGUUCGAGUCGUCCAUGGACGCUGCGUUUCAAAAAUUUGCGGAUCGUCUUGCCCAGAAUCCUGACCAGGUCAUCCGCUACGAGUUUGCAGGGUCGCCCCUUCUUUACUCGAGGACGGAUGCCGUGGGGGAGAAGCUGACCAAGGGCUCGAUCCCCGGAUGCCCAAACUGCGGCGGCAAGAGGACGUUUGAGGUGCAGCUGACGCCGAAUGCUAUCGCGGAGCUGGAGGCGGAUGACCUGAGCCUGGAAGGAAUGGAGUGGGGGACGAUUAUUGUCGGCGUUUGUGAGCGGGACUGUGUGCCUAGGCACGUUGGCAAGGACGAGGCUGGAUAUCUGGAGGAAUGGGCUGGCGUGCAAUGGGAGGAGCUUACCAAGCAAAAGUAG